UUAAUCCUGGCUGCGGAAGCUGGUGCGGUCCGGCACAGCAUACAGGCUCUUGCCGGUACGCCAUACCAGACCGUACCAGCUUACUGUCACCUCUGCCCUCAGGCCAAAAAGUUUGCCCACCCCGAUCUAGGGCUUUGGCUCCAGUGGGGGAGGCUGCACCUGUUGCUCUGAUGGUCCCUGGGUCCAAGCCCCUUGUCAGGUCUGCAGCUGUGUGGAGCCAAGAGGGGCCAGCCCUGGGCUCAGUAGGGAAGGAUGAGGUGAUGGCGUUUCCCUUCCCAGCUCUUUCCCCAGACCAGCAGCCUGGAGGAGGUGACCUGGACUGUGUGAGCAGGAGGACGGGAAUGACAGAAAGCAGGAGCACGUGAGCUUGGAGGCUGAGCACUGAGCUUGUGGGUGGGAGUGGAGGAUGCCCAGAUGACCACAGUCCCCAUCUACCUGCAAGUCAAUCCUCAUAUGACUGUGGCUUCUCUGAAGGACAUGGUAUUCCUCCACUACGGCUUCCCACCCAGCGUUCAGCAGUGGGUGGUGGGCAAGAGGCUCCCCAGAGACCAGGAGACCCUGCACUACAACGGCAUCCAGCGAGAUGGUGACAUGGCCUAUCUCUACCUCAGGUCUGCCAAAGAGGCCAAGCUCAGCAAAGAGACAUUCCAGAGGGAGCGGCAGCGCCGAGUCCUGGCAGAACUGGGCUUCGGAGACAUUAGCCUGCAGCCUCGUGGGAGCCAGGAAUCGGCGGACGCAGGGCUCGGAGGGGCGCAGGACAGCCUGUGCAUGGAGGAGCUGAGGCAUGAGCUCUCACAGGUGGAAGCUGCCCUGCCCCCUGAACCCCCCAAGGUCGGCUGGGUCUGUCCAAGCUGCACCUAUGUCAACAAGCCCACCCGCCCCGGCUGCGAGAUCUGCUGCAAGGAGCGGCCCGAGGACUACGCGGUGCCCGCGGCUUACCAGCCGGACGAGGAGGAGCUGGCGAGGAUGAGGAAUGAGGAGGAAGCCAUGUGGCAGUACCAACAGGUGAGAGAGCAGCAGAAGAUCGAGAACUACCAGCACCUCCUGCAGGUGGAUGGGCAGAGCCUGGUGCCUGCCGAUGAAGUGAUCGAAUGUCCCAUCUGCUUUGUGACCCUGCAGCCUGGAGAGGGAGUGACCCUCCGGGAGUGCCUGCACUCCUUCUGCAGGGACUGUCUGAAGGGGACAAUACUGAACAGCCCGGAGCCCGAGGUGCCUUGCCCGUACAUCGACGAGAAGUACUCCUGCACAGGACAGCUGCUGGAGCGUGAGAUCAGAGCGCUCCUGAGCUCUGCCGAAUACCAGCACUUCCUGGACCUGGGCGUCUCCAUCGCCGAGAACCGCAGCCAAUCCAGCUACCACUGCAAGACCAUGGAUUGCCGGGGCUGGUGCAUCUUCGAGGAUGACGUGAACGAAUUUGCCUGCCCGGUGUGCCAGAAGGUGAACUGCCUGCUCUGCAAGGCCAUUCAUGAGAACAUGAACUGCAAGGAGUAUCAGGACGACCUCAAGCACCGGGCUGAGAACGACCAGGCUGCCAGGCAGACCACCGAGAUGCUGACAACAAUGGUCCAGAGAGGCGAGGCCAUGUACUGUCCCACCUGUAAGAUCAUUGUCCAGAAGAAGGACGGCUGUGACUGGAUCCGCUGCACUGUCUGUCACACGGAGAUCUGCUGGGUGACCAAGGGGCCACGCUGGGGGCCAGCGGUAGGUUUGGAGCAUGAACCAGCGUGUGCAACUGUAGGUUCGACCUGGGGAAUCCUGCCAUUCUGCGGAGUCGCUUGCCCCAGAAUUAAAAAAACCUGUCCAACCCAAGUUCCUGCGGCUCUGCCUUCUCCAGUCUGCAAACAGCCCACCCCACACGCUCAGAGAGGCAUGAACCACUGGACGCAGCAGGGCUGUUCACUCUGAAGCCUAAUUGUGACCAUUUAAAUGACUAACUGCUGCUGCACACAGGUGGCCCCCAGGAUGCUGGAGUGGCUGGCGGGUGCAGGAGCCACGGCUCACAGCUCAGCUGGCUGCAGGAGUGGGGAGUUGCUUCCAGUUCUCCUCCUAUUACAUUUUCCUUCCUCUCCCACCUCACAAAGGGAAGGGAAAUGUGAUUCUCCACUCCCCACCUCCAGUGCCAAGAGCCUUGCCUGCCUCCAGCCUGCCCAAAACUCAGCCCUGCUAGCAGCUUAGCACACAUGCCUCGCUCCCAGUCCCACAUCCUGACUGCCUCCUACCCCUCCCUCCAUCACCUGCGUGUGCAUCAUCUCUCCUCUGCUCUCCUCUCCCCAGGGCCCGGGCGAUACCAGCGGUGGCUGCCGCUGCAGGCUGAACGGCGUUGCUUGCCAUCCCCGCUGUCAGAACUGCCACUGAGCACACGAGCCAAGAGGAAGGAGGGGGCGGUCACUCCCUACACAUUGCUCCAGCCCCAUUGGGGGUGGGGGGGGCACACAGCUCCCCUCGAGCCCCUGGCUUCUCUCCCCACCAUGCCUUCAUAGCCUGGGGCCAGGCCUCUUGGUUUCUGGCUCCCUGAGCCCACCACAGACCCAUGUGUCCGCUUGGGGAAGGACUGCGCAGGUCCGCAGCCGUGGGGGUCCAUGGAUUGGAGGCGGACUUAGGAGAAGACUGGGUGCUGGCCACCCCCUGCUGGGAACCGUGUGCCCUGUGAAAGUUGAGGGGGGCCUGCCUCACAAGCUACUCCCUUCAGGUGUCCCGCCGCAGCAGCUGUGUAGAAAAUGACCAGGCCGGGUUGGAACAGCAGGAACAUUAGGAACAUUCAGGCUCCUCUAGUUGAUGGAGGUGGCAGGUACAUUGGUGGCCCUCAGGCCUGAAGGAACCCUUGCUCAUCCCUUAGGGAAAACAUGGCUCCCCCUUGCCUACAGGUCAGCACUGCAACCUGAGCCAUUUUGCCAGCCACAGUGAAAAAGGUUUUUGGUGCCCCUCAUCUCCCAAAGUGGCCAAGCAGAAAAAAGGGCCACCCCAUCAGAGAGGAGCAAAACUGCUGAGCAGCACAGGGGACUGCCAGGGCAACCCCAAACCCCUACACCUGGCUCCAGUUACAGCUUCCAGCCUGUCUGCUGCAGCCCAGGAGCACUUCUCAGUCAGCUGGUGCAGCAGGACCCAGCAGCCUCCCAGCCAGCUGGCAUGCACGGUACGCUCCAGGGCACUGGGGACAGACUGGGCAGUGUUAGUUCUUAGCAGGCAGCUUUCACUGCCCUCCAUCUGGAUUUACAAUAAAGAGCUGCAACUUUUGAGCCAGAA